AUGGCUGUAAAGCUUAAGGACUUGGGUCGCAAUCCCAUCUCCGCCUCUCGUGACAACGAAGGCGAUGAGAUCUGUCGUACUUUGCUUCAUUGCCUCCGAGUGCCAUUGGGAGAUUUUGUCGUAUAUGUCGUUUAUGUGCCGUACACAGACAAGGAAGGGUUCUAUAAACUGCUGGUCAGCCCCUUUGACUUCUUCCCGAACAUGUGCACUUCUGAGCAGGUCGGAGGAGAAGGAAGGAAGCCCGGCAGAGCCGACUUUGUCCAGCCAGCAGGAAGGAGGCUGAAACCUGGCUACCCUUUCGGUGUGGAGAGGGGGAAGAAUCCCGGCUGCCAAGCCAGUCGGCAACCUCCCAGCAUCCUCGGCUCCAAGUGUUUCCCUCAGAAGUGUCCAGCUCACUGGAAAAAAGCUCAGAGAGAGGCUGAAGAUCGAAGAUGUGGAAAAAGAGGAAGUUGGAAGGGUCGGUCUCUGCUGUCCCGUCCUGUGUCCGAGUCCACCUCUGAUUUGCAAUUGAGGAAGAAGCCUGGUGCCUCCGGAGGCCGCUGGACAGCGCCGCCCGCCACUCUGAAGUGCUGGCUAAUUGGGGGAAGAAAGGCUGCGAUUGUCUGUCUGCCCGGGCUGGACGGGCCCGCAGGGCCGGCUGAAAGGGCCCAGAGGAGGUGCCCGCCCGCCUGUGCCCGGCAGCUGCCGCCGGAGAUGUUUGGGGAUUACGUCAGCACCGCGGAAAAGAGGGACGGGGACGCCGAGGGAGACGGGGACAGGCAGAGGGGGGGAGAGGGAGACACAGAGACGGACUGAGAGACAGGCUGAGAGACAGAGGGAGAAAAGGGGGGAGACUGAGAGAGACAGACAGAGACAGACUGAGAGACAGGGAGAAAGGGGGGAGAAAGAGAGACAGAGAGAGACUG